CUGUCUCUGUAUAUAGAUAUAGAUAUAUUCAUAUUCCACUUUUCUAGAUGCAUAGGUAGUGGUCACAGAUGAUUUUAAUGUUAAAUUAGGCCCAGAUGUCUUUUAUAAGCUGGAUACAAGGGCUGUCCAUCCAACAUUGAAACAGAGCCUCUUUUCUUGAUCCAGUAUUUGAAGGAUAGUAAGUUAAAUAGCUUAGGAUUUUAUUCCGCUUGGAUGGCAAUACCCUUUAACUAAGUAUUCUGAAUGGCUCCAUUGGAAACAAGGGCUGCCCAUGGGAUUUACUUAAUGCUGCCUGUCAUCCUAAAAACAGCCCAUUCCGUAUGGAUAGCACUAUUCCGCAUGAGGCUUGGGAAGGGCAUUUUAGAGAAUUGUAUAAAGAUGAAUUUGUGAAUCAAAAAAGCCAUUGGUAUUCUAUAGAAAAUGUUCUGCUUUAGCUGCUGAUUAAGAAUUGCUGAAGUUAAGAACAUACAGUAAUAAUUGCCAACUUAAGACCAGAUAAAGCUCCAGGCAAUGAUUUAAUAUCUGAGAUAAGAAAGAGUAAUUUGGCUUUGUGGGCCUCUCUUUUGGCUUUGCUGUUUGUGUUUAUAGAUAAAUAUGUUUGUAUCUCUAGAGACUGAGGGCUUGCAGUUAGUUAAAGUACCCAACUUUUAAAAAGGGAAAAGAGGUGGCCCAAGAAAUUACAAACCAUUAGGUUGCUUGACACAGUCAACAAACUUAAUGCCAGACGUAUGUGUCGGAAACUGAGGGAUUGCUGAGGAGAACCUGGUGGAGGAAGCAAUUAGCUUCAGGUAGGACAGUCACCUGUUCACCAGUGUCAAAUUUUUCACUUUGUAGAAAAAUGCUGUUCUUCCUAUGUUUCCAUAUAUAUAUAUCCUUUAUUGAUUUCAGAUUGGCAUUUGGAUCUGUUUAACAUUUAACAUUUCUUAUUUCAGUAUAUUCCUUUGUAUAUUUUCUGAUUUUGAAAGGAUUUCACAGGAUUCCACCUUUUCUUAAAAUCAUCAGCUUACUGUCCUAUUGCUAACUUACCAAUAUUUGAAGGUUCUGAACCAGCCUUUAGUUUUCCAGCCAUUUCAUAUUAUCAUCGUAUUUUUUACAAGUGCAAAACAGGAUUUAAACCAAUCUCUGGAAAUAUCAGUGUCAUGGUGUGUCAUCAUGGUUCCUGGAAACCAAGGAAAGACUUUUGCAGAAGAAUUCACUGUGGAAAGCCUCCAAAUAUUAUUGAUGGAUUUCAUAAUGGGAAUGCAAGCACUUACCCUUAUGGAACAAUAAUAAACUACAGUUGCAAUAAAAAUCACUCCCUUAUUGGGGCACCCUCCAUUUCUUGCGGCGCUCAUAUAAAUCUAAAAGGACAGUGGAUAGGGAAACCACCCAUAUGCCAAGUGGUGCUCUGUAAAGAUCCAGUGGUAGAACAUGGAAUAAAGAUAACUAGACUUGAGAAGUCACAUAUAUAUGGUAGCAUUGUUACAUUUCAGUGCAAAAUUGGGUAUUUUAUGGUUGGAACUCCUUUGAUUCGAUGUGAAAAGAACAGCAUUUGGGUUCCCAAAGUACCAUCAUGCAAAAAGAUUUCUCCAGGCAUAUGUGGUGCUCCAUUGAUUCUCAAUGGCAUCAUAAAGCCCUUGCAACCUUAUUAUGAAACUGGAAAAAGAGUUGCCAUACGUUGCAACCUGAACUAUUCUUUUUUUGAUGACAGCACAGUGAUGAAUAUACAGUGUCAAGGCUAUAAUAUCUGGAACCCUCCUCCACAAUUAUGUUUCUUUAGAACUUCACCAGAUAUUUCUCACCUUUUUAUCUAUCAUGGAAAAAUAGUCCAUGGGAGGAAAAAAACCUACAAGCCUGGGGAUGAGGUGGUUAUUGCGUGCCAUGCUGGCUAUAUAUUGAUAGGGUCAUCUAAGAUUAAAUAUAUUGGUGGGAAGAAAUGGUUUCCUAGUCUCCCAAAUUGUCAUUUGACUAUCUUGUAA